GAAGAGCCCUGUGUGUUUACAGUGGCGGCGUCGAGAAACAAACGAGAGGAAAACCCUGUGUGAUUCUUUGUAUUUCUGUGCAAAAUGUCUUGUAAUUAUGCCGAAGGGUUGAGCAAGUACGAGAACAAGGGCAAAUUGGGCCUUCCUGAGUACUUGAUCAUGUUCCUGUUUUGCUGCAAUAUCAAGUGUGGCUAUUUUGGCGUGGAUUCAGCAAGAUUGACAAAAUAGGAGAGAUCUAUGGGAACUGCUUGCUUCUUCAGUGUCUCCAGCAAAUCUUUGAUGUUGCUAGGUCUGGCCUCAAGCACUUGGUUCUGCAUGAUGUGCCAUGCAUUUUUUUAAGGGGUUCAAAUGAGAGGUUUGACGCGCCAGAAGAGGUGGAGAGAAAAGUGCAGAUCUUAGCGGAAAUGGUGAAGGAAUCAAAACACACAGUUUUCCACACUGGAGCAGGUAUUAGCACCUCAGCAGGGAUACCAGAUUUCAGGGGCCCAAAGGGAGUCUGGACAUUGGAGAAGCAAGGACUGAAACCCGACAUCAACAUAUCCUGGGACGAUGCCAGACCGACUCUCACUCACAUGGCGAUCUUGUCCCUGGAACGAGAAGGAUUUGUACAAUAUGUAAUCACUCAGAAUAUAGAUGGACUACACCUGAGAUCAGGACUACCUCGGCAAAAAUUAUCAGAACUUCAUGGGAACAUGUUUGUUGAUAUUUGUAACUACUGUAACAGGCAGUUUGUAAGAAGUACAGCAGUGACGACUGUAGGCCAGAAAAGUGAAGGCUUAACAUGCCCAGGCAAGAGAGGAAACGGAAGAAAGUGCCGUGGGAAGCUUCACGACACCAUACUGGACUGGGAGGAUGGAUUGCCUGCUGCCGAUCUGGAUCUUGCAAUUGCUCAUUCUUGUGCUGCGGAUCUCAGUAUCUGUCUAGGAACAACAUUGCAAAUUGUACCAAGUGGAAACCUGCCAGUUGAUACGAAGAAAAGAGGAGGGAAGCUUGUUAUCUGCAAUCUGCAACCAACCAAGCAGGAUCGUUACGCUGAUCUCAUUAUCAAUACCUAUGUAGACAACGUCAUGAAGAGACUCCUUGAGCUCAUGGACAUAAAGUUGUUGGAUUAUAACCAAGACGACGACCCGAUGAAAAUAACACAGGGAAUGUUAAUAGAGCACAGAAAACUAAGAGAAAAUUCCAAUGCAUUAGGGUUACAGACAGAUGAUUUUGAGCCUAUAGAAUGGACAAUACCAGAGGAAUGGGUGAAAGAUAAAGUCCUUGAAGAAAAAGUGAAAAGUAAAAAGGUUAUCAGAAACAAGAGAACCACCAAGCCAGGUGACGUGAGUGUGAAUGAUGUCAAGAAAAGAAAAACUUGUCUGGAUGGGGAAGUGCAUGUGGUCAGCCAUAGUAAGUCUGAAGGUGUGAAAGAGGAAUGCAAAGAGGAUAGUGAAGAUGUUAGAAUAAAGAUUGAUAUUAAAAAGAAAGAAGUGGGUAAGGAAGAGGUUGAUGAAAGCAGAACAAAGGCCGGCCAUGAGAAUGGUAACAAAAGUGUCCAAAAAUUGGAUAUGAAAAGUGAAGUGAAUGAGAUUGAGGACAAGUGCAAGGUAGAGUGUGAUGUCAGAGAGUUGCAUUCUAAUGGGGAGUUUGUGUUGAGGCCUGAGUUGGAUUGCGAAGUAAAGAGCGAAAUGAAUGAAGAGGAGACAGCAUCCGUCGUUAAUGCCACGGUUGUUGGUGGGAGAGUAACAGACGUGGUGGAAGUGAAGGAGGAGAUGAAAGGACCGAAUUUAGGAAUCUCAGGGAAUGAAGAUAAGUUAGGUGACGGCAACUGCUGUUUUUAGUCCAGGGGUUCAUGCAGUACUGUAGAAGGGGCGUGUUUAGAGUACACAAAUUUUUACCAGUAUGUAAACGAAUAUGAUAAGGCAUUUUGCACAGCAAACUGAGCUAAGUGAGUUUGUUUUGUUUAUUUUUAAAAUGUUUUUAAGAAAUGUGAUUUGGACACAAAAAACAAUUUUAAGUAAUUUUUAAAAAGUUGUUAUACAUCUGCUAUAAUGAAACAGAUAUAUAUAUAUGAUAGUCUAGGGUAAGUAGAUAUCUUGUAAAGUGAGAUAUAAAUUUUGAAUCCAGCUUUAUGUUAUGCCUCCAAAUCCUUUGUGAAGAAGGCAUGAUAACAUUUUUGAAGUAAGAACAGUUUUGUACAUCUUGAUAUUUCUGUUCAGAGUCCAUCAGGAAGAUCUGUGCAUUGUUUCUUGGACAUUGAAAAACAAAUUGAUUGGGAAAAGGAGACACACUGUAUGGCUGGAUUUUAUUGAGCAAAUGACUAAGUCUGAAUGGAUAAUUUUAGCAUUGUAAAUUAAUGUGUAAGACUGGUCUGUUUUUAAAUUUUGUAGAAACAUUUUUAAGUGUGACUUUGAACUUCUUCGAAAGAUAUGGCUAAGGUGACAAAUGGGUAUGAUGAGUAAAGACAAUUCAAGGAUUGUUCAGAUGUGUAGUCUGGUGAAGAAGAUGGACACCAGUGAUAUUAUCCUAUGGUUUAUUUUGAUUAAAUUGUUUACUAUAUACUUUAUUUCUAAAGUUUCACAUUGAUAUGUAUUUUGUUUCUUGUGGUAAAGUUAGUACCAAAGGAAAUUUUUUAUAGAAAGCAUACAAGCAUGAAUAUUAUUAUAUACAUCCUAAACUGAUAAAGAUUGAAGGAGAAAUUAAUUUUAUCUAAUUACUUUAUAUAGAAAGAAUGUGCAAUAAUUUAGUCUAAAGUAAAAAGGCAGUUUUGAGUUUGAGGUCAGUUAAUAUUCAAGACUUAAUUUGAUUUUAAUUUUAGCUACUGUAUAUACUGUACAGUAUAUGUGAGCAGAAGCAGUACAUGUUGAUUUUAAUAAGCUUGAAUGAUUAAAGUAGCUGAAUAAAACUAUAUUAGAAAUAGAAACAUGUUUCUAACAUUAUCUUUAUAUUAUUUUAUUCUGGUUAUAUAACACAAGCCUGGAAAGGAUUAUAAGAACAACCUUGAUUUUUAAUAUUUUGCUAAAAAGAAAAUUGUUUUGUUGCCCAAAAAAACAUUCUUUGUUUCUAGACGUCUGUGAAAAUUUGGAAAGCAGCAAAUUUACCUUACAAAUCCCUUUCAUUUUCUGAGUUCUCAUUGUGGAAAAUACAGGCCAAAAAUACCUCUCUUGUCAAGCUAAAGGUAUCUUAAAUGGAGCUUGACAGAAGUGAAAUUCUUGUAUGCUAGUUCUCUUACUGAUUUCACUGGAAAGAUGUCAGUGAUUCAGUAUGGGUAAAGUUUAAGAAUGCUAACCAAUUUCUUUUUUUUUUAUGUGAGAUAGUUUGUAUUUGCAAUCUCAAGAUGUAUGUUUGUGUCAAGUAUGUACACUAUCACUAGACAGUGUUUUGUGUUUCACCAGACAAAAGAAUCAUUCAGUAAUGUUUUAGAUUGAUGACUAGUCAUGUCAUGACCUAUUUUUCCUUUUUCUUAGUGUUUAGUACAUACUGUAUAUUGUUGAAUUUUAUAGUAUCUUUUAUUUUAUCAUAAAGAAAGAAUUUACAAGUCU